AUGGCUCAGGACUCGAUGCCCAUGGAGGGCAUGUUUUCGUACCUUGCAAGCGCCCGAGCGGAGGAUGCCGCUAAGACUUUCAAGCGCCUGGACUACACACCUCAUAGACUGUCUACAAUUCCCGAGCUGCCAGAGCCUCAGACUGAGGCACCCACAUCGACAAAGGUACAUGUUGACCUUCAACCGGCAGGAAUCUCCGAGAUUCCAGAGUCUCACCCAUCAGACGCGGCAGAGGUCCAACAGUUCCAGACUCCCCUUCGACGAUCAAACGCUGUCCGUUACAAGCGGAAGGACAUCCCGUUGUGGUUGCGCGAGAGGCGGGUGGGCGACUGCCUUCUUCGUAGUGAUGCUAUUCGUGCGCUGAGAGCGGAGGCGGAAGCGCAGGGUAAGAGGUGGACCCUCUGA